AGGGCACGGCGGCGCUGCCCUGCACUCCCUGACGCGGCAUGUUGCCCUGGCCGCCUCCGCGGUGGGGCGCGGGUGAGGAGGAGGCGCCUGAGGUGCCAGGCCUCUCCGAGGGCAGUGACCAGGGCGCGGCCUGGAGCUCUGGAGAGGAAGCCCCAGGGGAGCCAGGAGCACCACCACAGGACAGCCCGCAGCCCCGGGCCCUCAGUGCGUCCUGGACCCAGACGGAGCAGCUCCUGCCUCGCCACGGCGGGGACCCGGCCCCUGAGCAGUCGCCAGGAUCCCCAGUUCCCCUUUCCCCCCAGAUGAUCUGGGAGGUGGCCCCCUCAAGGAUGACUCUGCUAGCGCCCUGGGACCCCAACUACCAGGCUAAAGCAGGAGCUCGGCUGGUGUGGGGGGCCAGCUGUGGGUCAGGCGCCUCCUUCUCAGGCCGGACGCUGUGUCAUCCUUCCUUCUGGCCGCUGUACCAGGGAGCCUCUGGCGGGGGCGUCAGGCCCCGGACUCCCAGGACGCCAGCAACAGGGCAUCAGAAUGGAGAGCGGGCGCUGCAGGAUGCAGGGCUACCGGUGAUGUGCCGAGAAGAUGUCUUUCUGUCGGACCCUCUGUUGCCCCGUGGGCAGCGUGUUCCCCUGUACCUGUCCGAGGCCCCACAGCAGGUGAUGGGCUCCCUGAAGCUGCUGCUCCCACCCCCGGUCAUGUCCCCCUGGGUCUUCCCCAGCCCCUCCCCACGCUGCUCCACUGCCUGGCUCAGUGGGCCCGAGCUGAUCGCCCUCACCGGCCUGCUGCAGAUGAGCCAGGGGGAGCCGAGACCCAGCUCCUCGGUGGCUCCUGCAGCCCCAGCUGGCGCCCCAGACCCCGUCUCUGACAAGCCAUGCCCCAGUGGUGGCCCCAGCUGUUCUCACUGCACUGACCCCUCUGUCCCACAGACCCCAGACACACAUUGUCCCUAA